AUGGGGUUGCCAGAUUUUUCAUAUUUUAAAAGAGCAGAUCGCGAUACGCAGGCGCGAUUGCUGGAGCUUUUGUUCGAACAAAGCUCAUCGCUCGAGCUGAUAACGGUGGAUGACCCACAUUUCGUUAAUGAUAUAGGAUCUGAUUACACUACCUUGGUCGAAACGGUCAGAUCCAAGCUUAUGGGUUUGUGCAGCCGUGGCCAAGACCCCGAUACUAGACAUCACCUAAGCGACAUCAUCGCAGCGCAUCCGAAGCUGGGACAGCCGAAGCAAAAUCUGUCGGCCCAUUCUGCGAUGGAGCAGCGUAAUUUGGGGAGCUCAGACUCUACAGAGACCCUGGAGGUCUUACAGGCCUUGAAUAACAGCUACGAGGAGAAGUACCCGGGUCUGCGGUUCGUAGUUUUCGUCAAUGGCAGGCCCAGGUCCGAAAUUAUUGAGGUGAUGCAACGCCGAAUCAACUCCGGUAACUCAUGGCUUCACGAAGCACAACUGGCGUGCAACGAAAUGUGCAAUAUCGCUUUAGACAGGGUUAAGAAAGAUUCAUCGGCAAAACCGCACAAGCUUUGA